AUGUUGGUAAUUAAUAGAACACUCGUAUCGUAUUUUAAUACAGUUUUUAUUGCAGCUUUGUUCGUCUAUGUAUCCGCACAGUACGCAUACACCCCACGCGUGUUCUUCACCAAGUUCUUCAAUUUACUAUCUGUGGACGUGCCACAAAUGAAGGACGCGUUCGUCAAGAAGAACUGCAGUACGUGCCCCGGGGUUUACUACCCCGUAUGUGGGACAGAUAACCAAACCUACUUGAACGAGUGCAAAUUGCACUGCCUCAAUAAACGUAUGAAUAAGAAAAAGCCAGUCGAAAUGGUCAGGACCGGUCCGUGCUUCGUCUUUCCGGAGUUGAAUGCGGAAUAA